AAUGCCAGGAAAAGGAAACUUCUGAGAAAUCGAAACAACAGAGGACGGGGAGGAUCCAUUGAGCACUGACUGCCCCAGCAUCUGGACGGGACGUCUGGUUGGGUCUCGGCACCAUGAACCACACUUCCCAAACCUUCUUCACUCGCGCCAACACCGGCCUCUCCGAAAACUACGAGAUGCUCAAGGAGGAGCACGAGGUAGCUGUGCUGGGGACGCCCCAGAGCUCGGCUCCUGUGACAUCCACCGUGAUCAACAUCCGCAGCGACACCUCCGUGCCCGACCAUGUGGUCUGGUCCCUGUUCAACACGCUCUUCAUGAACUGGUGCUGCCUGGGCUUUAUCGCGUUCGCCUACUCCGUGAAGUCUAGGGACAGGAAGAUGGUGGGCGACGUGACUGGGGCCCAGGCCUAUGCCUCCACCGCCAGGUGCCUGAACAUCUCCGCUCUCAUCAUCAGCAUCAUAAAGAUCGUGAUAGUCAUCGUCCUUUUCAUCAUUUUCUCAGAUGUAAUCUUCGGAGCAUUUCGCAGAUAAUACAGAAUCUUGGAGGCCACCAGCGGUGCCCAUGGUCUCCACCAUGCACCACUGGCCCUGCCCCCUGGGGCUGUGGCCCUGUCCCUGGGCUCCAUGCUUUCAUACUGUAGCUUCUACUCACAUACCUGUCUACAAGGAAUUCAAUAAAGUGCACAUGUUCAUGAA